GGUCUUACGGAGAUCUAUGGGGUCUUAUGGGAUCCUAUGGGGCUCUAUGGGAUCUUAUGGGGCUCUAUGGGGUCCUAUGGGGCUCUAUGGGGUCUUACGGGGCUCUAUGAGGUCUUAUGAGGAUCUGUAGUGUCUGUGUGGGGCUCUAUGGGGUCCUAGGGGUCUCUAUGGGGUCUUAUGGGGAUCUAUGGGGUCUUAUGGGGGAUCUAUGGUGUCUUGUGGGAUGCUAUGGGGUCUUAUGGGGACCCUAUGGGGAUCUAUGGGGUCUUAUGGGGAUCUAUGGGGUCUUAUGGGGAUCCGAUGGGGAUCUGUGGGGUCUUACGGAGAUCUAUGGGGUCUUAUGGGAUCCUAUGGGGAUCUAUGGGGUCUUAUGGGGCUCUAUGGGGUCUUGUGGGAUGCUAUGGGGCUCUAUGGGGUCUUAUGGGGCUCUAUGGGGUCUUAUGGGGCUCUAUGGGAUCUUAUGGGGAUCCUAUGGGGAUCUAUGGAGUCUUAUGGGGCUCUAUGGGGUCUUGUGGGAUGCUAUGGGGCUCUAUGGGGUCUUGUGGGAUGCUAUGGGAUCUUAUGGGAUGCUAUGGGGCUCUGUGGGGUCUUAUGGGGAUCCGAUGGGGAUCUGUGGGGUCUUAUGGAGAUCUAUGGGGUCUUAUGGGAUCCUAUGGGUAUCUAUGGGGUCUUGUGGGAUGCUAUGGGGCUCUAUGGGGUCUUGUGGGAUGCUAUGGGGAUCUAUGGGGCCUUGUGGGAUGCUAUGGGGUCUUAUGGGAUGCUAUGGGGCUCUGUGGGGUCUUGUGGGAUGCUAUGGGGUCUUAUGGGAUGCUAUGGGGCUCUGUGGGGUCUUAUGGGGAUCCGAUGGGGAUCUAUGGGGGUCUUAUGGGGCUCUAUGGGGUCUUGUGGGAUGCUAUGGGGUCUUAUGGGAUGCUAUGGGGGCUCUAUGGGGUCUUGUGGGAUGCUAUGGGGUCUUAUGGGAUCCUAUGGGGCUCUAUGGGGUCUUCUGGGGCUCUAUGGGGUCUUAUGGGGAUCCGAUGGGGAUCUGUGGGGUCUUACGGAGAUUCUAUGGGGUCUUAUGGGAUCCUAUGGGGAUCUAUGGGGUCUUAUGGGGCUCUAUGGGGUCUUGUGGGAUGCUAUGGGGCUCUAUGGGAUCUUAUGGGGCUCUAUGGGGUCCUAUGGGGCUCUAUGGGAUCUUAUGGGGCUCUAUGGGGUCUUAUGAGGAUCUGUAGUGUCUGUGUGGGGCUCUAUGGGGUCCUAGGGGUCUCUAUAGGGUCUCUAUGGGGUGCUGUGGGGGCUCUAUGGGAUCCUAUGGGGAUCUAUGCGUUCUUAUGGGACCUGAUGGGGCUCUAUGGGGUCUUAGGAGUCUCUAUGGGAUCCUGUGGGGAUAUUAUGGGGUCUCAUGGGAUCCUAUGGGGUCUUAGGGGACCCGAUGGGGAUCUAUGGGGUUUUAUGGGGCUGUGUGGAGUGUCUGUGGGGUUCUAUGGGGUCUUGCAUGGAUCUGUGGGGUCUCUGAGGGGUCUUAUGGGGCUCUAUGGGGUCUUACGGGAUCCUAUGGGGUCCUGUGGGGUCUCAUGGGAUCGUAUGGGGUCUUAUGGGACCUGAUGGGGUUCUAUGGGUCUUAUGGGGCCCUAUGGGGUCUUAUGGGACCUGAUGGGGUUCUAUGGGUCUUAUGUGGCCCUAUGGGGUCUUAUGGGAUCUGAUGGGGUUCUAUGGGUCUUAUGGGAUCCUAUGGGGCCCUAUGGGGUCUUAUGGGAUCGUAUGGGGUCUUAUGGGACCUGAUGGGGUUCUGUGGGUCUUAUGUGGCCCAAGGGGUCUUAUGGGACCUGAUGGGGGUUCUGUGGGUCUUACGGGAUCGUAUGGGGCUCUAUGGGGUUUUAUGGGAUGCUAUGGGGCUCUAUGCCAUCUUAUGAGAUUCUAUGGUGCUGUGUGGGGUUUCUGUGGCGUUGUAUGGGAUUCUAUGGGGUUUCUAUGGGUGAGACCCCCCCAGAGCGCCCCAUAACCCCGUU